UAUAUUUCGGUUUUUUAAUAAAUGUUGGAGCGCCGUAUAUUUACUAAAAAUCCUAUCAGAUUUGGGGGAAAGCGUACAAAAUCCACAAAUAUUUUACGCGAUAUUUUCAACAAUGUGUAUAUAUAAAAUGCAACUUAAAUGUACGUUUAUUUAAUUGUGAGCUGCACAUUCAUAUGCUUAGACUGGGCCACAGGGUGUUCGUGUGUAGUAGGGAAUGUUUCCACACAGACAGGCACAGGGCAGGAUUACUAUAGAAUGUUGGCGAACUAUCGUUGUGGAGGGGGAAAAACACGUAGAGCUGAGUCUGCGCGACGCAGGGGAUCACUGCCUACGAAGUUUAUCGGGCAAGACUACACCGACAAAUCCUAGGACACAUUCGACCACACUUUUUCGAAAGAGGAAGGAUGUCGGAAUUUCUGCCAUACCCUUACAGAGGGCCAGGAGGUGCUUUGAUGCGCUUUAAGAAAAGGAAGUCACGCUUCACGUUCCAGGAGGUCGAACUUCUCCUCAGCGAGGUGCAGAAAAAACGGCAUAUUCUAGUUGGAAAGUUCAACAGGGGCAUUUCGAAGGAACUGAAAAACCGCACUUGGGCGGAUCUGACAGCACGUAUCAAUGAGGUCAGUGAGUGUCACAGAGAAGUUAUUGAAGUCAUCAAGAAAUGGGCAGACCUCAAAUGCGACACCAAACGGAGGGUGGCUGCCAUGAGGGCAUCGGGAGCCACGACUACCCAAAUCGCACAAGAGCUGUCACCCAUAGAAACCAUGGUGCACCAGAUCCUUCAGUUGUCUAACCCUCACAAAAAUGUGAGCAAUUUGGCAAUCGAUGACCAAAUGGAUGACGAAGACGAAGACAUUCCAGGUCUCGCUGAGAUACCACAUAGCUCCUCACACAUGGAAAAUGGCAGGCCUCAUUCGUUUAGUUUACCAAUGCCACCUCCUUUCCACACUGGUAUCCCAAGCAAAGGAGAAAUGGUGCUUCCCACACACAUGAUGUUUAGCGAUUCAGCAGUGCCUCUUUUAGACCUCCACACUGACAUGUCAGAAAAGGAAGGUGGAAACAUGCAGUUUAUUGAAACAGGAAACCAACCAAAUCAGAGUCCUGUUGUUAUCCCUGGAUUCCUCAGCCAUCCCAUUGCUGAGAAGAACCAAGUUCGAGAAAAAGCGAAUCACAACACAUAUAACGGGCCUUCCGCCACCAGGACCUCAGCAUUUAUUGCACCUUCUGGGGCCGCCUCAUCAUCACGUUCAGCUCCUGUUCGGAUCCCUCCCCAACCUGCUUCCAUGGAACCCCGCAGUCUGCAGGAACGUUUAUCCCAGAGUGCCUCGCUCAGCCUGCAGGAACAGCAGGGCACUACACUGCUGAUAGGGUCGCUGUCUCGCUCGCUGGAGUCGCUCGCGGAGUCGGUGCAGAAAUUAGUCCACCAGCAGCAGUAUUCACGCGACACCUUACAACUGCAGCGUGAAACGCUCCACGUCCUACGUGACUUCUCCUCCAACGCCUUGACACUCCUGCAGGACAAGUUCAACGGACAUCCAUAGCUUCUGAACACCGCAACGCUAUCGACUGCUACAACUGGGAGCAAGUUACAUAAGCAAUGAAUGCUAAUAGCACAGAAAAUACAAUAAGCUGGGAUAUUGUGACACUAGAGUAUAUGGCAAUCUUUAAAUAUCCUAUAUAUUGAGUUACAGGACUAAAAAGUUUUCCCUGUUUAUAACAUAAUAACCAAAAUGAGAAGCAUCGGGAGCUGAAAUGGGUUCUUUGUAGAGCUCCUCAUAUAUACUGAAUGAUAUUUUCAGUAGACGACUGGGUCUCAUAGACUGUUUGGACCAAUUAUGUGCUGUUAUACAGGUAAUAUAAUAGGCAAAAUGUAUUUAAGAUAAUUCUAUUUGUGGUGCAUUUUAACAUAUUGCAAAGUGGCCAUGAAGUUGGGUGGUUUUAAUUUAUGUAAUCUGAUUUUACGGUCUUCUUUAUUUGGUUUUGUUAUUCUGAAAUUCUUUUAAAUCAGUUUUUGGCUCAAGUUUUGACAGUUCUGCUGUAAAUGUUUUAAUCUUUUAGCCAAUGUGCAUUAUCUGUUAUUAGUAGUUUCUCUUCACUUGAAUUUCCAAAGACUCGUUAGUGUGUGUGUUUUUUUUUUAAUUUUCUUUCCGGAUGUGAUUUUGAAUAGUGAUUGAAGGCACAUUAUCUUAGAUGUAGCUCCUAUGGACCUGUGUUUGAUCUCCCAGAAAUGAAAAGUCAGCACACUGUCAAAAGAUGUCUCCUACUUUAAAACCCAAUGUCAAAGAUGAAAAUAAAAUGUAUAAUUUGAAAUAAUACUUUAAAAAUCAGUAUUGUGUUUUUCUCCUUACGGUUAAGUGCAACAGGUAAUUGGGAAAAGUGGGAAAAUUGGUUUUGGCUGCCAUAUGUAAUUUUAUUUGUUCUAUACACAAGGUAUUCUCGAUGCUUGCCACUGUAGUCACUUGGACCGUUUUAAUGAUGUGUCUACUGACUUUUCUGGGCUGGCAGAUUUCAAUUACCUAUAGCAGCCUAUGGAGGAGUGAGACCGCUCUCAGAUUUCAUCAAAAAUAUCUUAAUUUGUGUUCCGUUAUAUCUUAAUUUGUAUUUGUUAAGAUGAGCGAAAGUCUAAUGGGGUUGGAACAACAUGAGGGUGAGUAAUUACUGACAGAAUUUUCAUUUUUGGGUGAACUAACCCUUUAAUAGAGUAAUGUUUUACUGUCAGUGCAGGGGCACUCUGAUUGUAGUCUGUUACUUAUGCCAAAUUACACGACAGAAAUUGUAGUUAGCAACAUAAUCUAAUUGCACAUUUAAUGUAAUCGUAUUACUUUUUGAUUACCUUUGUCCUACCUCAUUCAUAACUGAACUGCAGGGGGUUUGUGAGUUUAAUGAAAAGCUAAUAAUUAAAUCAUAAAAAUGU